UUUCUGCGCAAUGAAGACCUAUUUAGUCACACUUCACACCGAGACACCACAAAUGAAGCUAACAACACCGACGCAACAACAACAGCGGCAUCAGCGCUCAAUCAGUCCUACCGCUAUAUGCUGGAGCAAUUCGAUGCGGCAGUACAGAGAGCACGCUACAAAUGUCAACCAAUUCCGAAGUACACGACGGCAGGGGCUAAUGCGGUGGCGGAGAAUGACCUUGGUGAAGGAUUUGCGGCGACAAUGGCCGAGGAGUCCUUGUCCGACAGUGUCAGCGCGGACGCAGUCAAUUGCGCAAUAAAUACCGAAGUAGUAGUGCAACAGCUGCGGCAACCAGUGGCCAAUUUUAAUUUGGCACUAGCGCAGCAACAACCAUUACAGGGUGAUCAGCAUAUUAGUCGUUUAGUUGAUAGUAGUAAUAUUACCACAGCAAAUGCACAAUGUAAAGUAGUACAAAGACAGUUACUAUACUGUGAUGAGUCGACGGCAGCGAAUGGCAUUUUCGAUAACGGUAUACGAUUAACGGACGCAGAUGUUGCCACGGCAGCCACAACAGAAAAUGUAAAUUUUGUUGCAAACAAUGGCCGCGGCAAUGCGUCCAUAGUAGAUGAUUUCAUUUGUUACCUGCGCAUACAAUACGAGGACCUAACCGCCUCACUCUCCCCAACACCCCCAACAAGCAACGCCGACCACGCUGUAUUAGACGGUUUGUUGCAACAUAAUUUGACUGAUAGCUUAAGCGCCAGCGCUGGAAUCGGUGGUAAUCCACUGAAUAACGCUUGGCAGCAUUUUAUUAACAGCAACCGUAGUAGAUGGAAUGCCAGUGAUUUGUUGUCACAACUCGGCGCUCAGUUGGUCAAUUCAACAGCAAUGCAAGCGAACUACAGUUGGUUGGCGGGCGCUUAUGAUGAUGCGUUCUGGUCGUGGAAUGCCUUUGAUGAGCUCAACGCUGACAAUGCGUCCGCGCCGGUUAGUGAUAUCAGCAGCAGCAUCGGUGACAGCACAACCAGCGACAGUGGCAGCACAUCACUAUCGUCGCUGUGGGGUCCACGUAAACUCAGCAAUGACUAUUCAUGGGGUAAUAAGCUAACGCGCCAACAUGAUUAUAAGUGGAUAUUUCUUUGUGUCAUAUUCUUCAUAUUCGCCGGUGGUCUUGGCAAUAUGCUAGUCUGUUUGGCGGUGGUACGCGAUAAGAAAUUACAAAAUGUCACCAACUAUUUCCUUUUCUCGCUGGCAAUAGCCGAUUUGUUGGUCAGCUUGUUUGUGAUGCCGUUGGGUGCGAUACCGGCAUUUUUGGGUUACUGGCCAUUGGGCUUCGUUUGGUGUAAUAUUUAUGUGACAUGCGAUGUGUUGGCUUGCUCGUCAAGUAUUUUGCAUAUGUGUUUCAUCAGUCUGGGACGAUAUUUGGGCAUACGAAAUCCGUUGGGAACGCUGCAUCGUUCGACUAAGCGUUUGGCUGGCAUAAAGAUCGCCAUUGUGUGGGUUAUGGCAAUGAUAGUAUCCAGCUCGAUAACAGUUUUGGGCCUCGUCAACAAGCAUAAUAUCAUGCCGGCUCCUAAUAUUUGCGUCAUAAAUAAUCGCGCUUUCUUCGUAUUCGGCUCGCUUGUGGCGUUCUACAUUCCUAUGCUAAUAAUGCUAACAUCAUAUACUCUGACUAUACCGCUACUCCGGAAGAAAGCUCGCUUUGCAAUUGAGCAUCCAGAAAGUGAACUCUUUCGACGUCAUCCCAAUCGACGUGGCCCGGUGCGUGUGCGCGUUUCACAACCGCAAUUGGGUUAUUCUAGCAACGGUGGCACGGCGGGAGGUGCGCUGAUCAACAGCGGUGGCGGAAACGAGAGUAGUCUACGAAAGGAUGUCAUUAGCAGCAUCAGCGGCAGUACGGCCAACAACAAUGACAGUGGCAGUGCAAUGCUAGCGAAGCAGCACGGCGGCACUUGUGAACAGAGCACCCAAACACCCGAGUUCAUAAUGCGUGAGACACGACGCCACAAGCUAAAAGCAUUUAAAUUCUCACUGAAUAAUGUUACGACGCCAGCGUUGAAUUUGUGCUUCCUGAAUAAUCGCAAUAAACGCAAUAGCUUAUCCGCUAAUGCAGUAGCCACCGAACAGAAAGCGACCAAAGUGCUCGGUCUAGUCUUCUUCACCUUCGUCCUUUGCUGGUCACCGUUUUUCAUUUUGAACAUCAUUUUUGCCGUUUGCCCCACCUGUCAAGUGCCCGAACAUGUUGUGGACACAUGCCUCUGGCUCGGUUAUGUUUCAUCAACCAUUAAUCCCAUUAUCUAUACAAUUUUCAAUCGAACAUUUCGCGCGGCUUUCAUACGGCUACUAAAAUGCAAUUGCGAGCGCUCCGGUCGGCCAUCGCGCUAUCGUUCCGUCACAGAAGGACGCGGCGCAUUAAGUCUGUGCGCACCAUCCGCCCUACCGUUGGCCAUUUCAUUUCAAAGUCCACCUCUGAUGACACCAUCAACCACAAAUGCGACGCCGUUAAGCGAUUUUCGUGGCAGCUACACCAUCACAGAUGACGAGUGUUAAAAUGGAGUUGCAUUCGCAUUGGCGGCUGCAAAUAGACAUGGCAGCAUGGCAAUUAUUUUUCCGACUGAAAAUUACAGCAUAAAUUUACGAAUGCUAUGCAAAGCGCAGAAAUUUGGCGAAACGACGAAACGAGCAAAAUAGUAACUAUUGUUACCUUUACAUAUAAAUAUUUGAGUAACGGAAUGAAUGUGUUGGACUUUGGUGAAUGUACAUAGAUAUCCAUAUGUAAAUAUUAGGUACGAAUGAUGGAGUGUGCUCACAUGGCGUGAUAUUUAUUCAGAUGUGGUUGCCAUAUGGCGCUAAAUGUAGCUAUAAAGUUCAUACAUGUAUAUAUGUAGCUAAACAUACAUACACACAUAUAUACUUUACAGACAAAGUACAUUGACAGAAGUUUAUUAUAAGUUUCCACAUGCAGUACCAGCGUCCAGCAGCAGACAAUUGAAAAAGUUAGUCAAUUCGAGCGGAAAUCUUAAGCAAAGGUUAUGGCGAACUUCAGCAAUAAAUAUGUUCGUGUUUCGAAAGCAUUUAUUUUAGCAGAGAAGUUUGCUCUAAAGAAGACAUAGUUUUGUUUCCUAAGCAGGCUGAGGGAAGUGGUGGAAGACAGUAGUGGCAAAGCCCACUCCACUACUUUUCUACAUAUAAGAAAUAACAAAAAACUUUUGUAAUUUACCUACAGACAGUGCAAUUUAGGAUUAUUUUUAGACAUCCAAGCAGGUGGUUUUGUUUUAUUUAGAUACAAAAAUACGAAGCUUUGCAGCACAAUCCUGCAUAAUAUGUUAGCAAGAAUGCAUUCACAUAUGCAUAUCAACAGACUACUCUAUUAGCAAUUAACAGUUGUCAUUGUUUCGUUUAAACUGUUAUUCUCAUUAGUGAAAUCAAAACAAACAACAGCUGAUUGUGAAGCAAAAGCAAAUUUAACUAACGUGUUUCUUUGUUAUAACAAACGUAAGCAAUUAAAUAUGGUACUAAUUACGCAAUUUAAAUCGGAAUAUUUACAACUAACUGAACUGAAACCUUAAUUGAAAAAAAUUGUAAAAAGUGUUCACGUUGUCAUAAAAAUUCUAGAAAAAAUGUAUUUUAUAUUUGAUGCCCAAACAAUUGUUAAUUGCGCAUAUAAUAACAUUAAUUACAACCAUCAAAAUACAAUUAACGACUUAAUUGAUACCAAAUUACUAAAUUUCGAUUUAUAUGCCAAAUUUAUUUCACUUAUCGAAAGAGAACUGAAAAAAGACUAAACUAUCUGCAUAAUUUCGCUUAGUUUUGGAACGCCCUUUAAUAAAAUUCACACUAAAAUAUAUAUUGUACAAUUUUAAGAUAAAACGUUCUUAAUUAUAUCUCAACGUAGCCUUUGCACACAGCCAAAUUAAUUGAUCAAUUCAAAUUUUUAUUGAGAAUUUUUAUUGCCCUUCACACUGUCGGCUACUGAUCAGCUGUUAUACAUUUUUGUUUUUGCCUUUCAUAAGAAGUUGAUACGUUUCAUCAGCUGUUUGCUAUUUUUAGCAGCGACAUCUACCGUGAACAACAACUCACUGACAAAGAAUGUAUACAUAAUUACAAAUAUGGUCUUUGACGCAGAGUUGCAUUUUAUUUUCAAGUCGAUGGAAAUUCAAUCAAAAAUUAAUGGAAAUUUUUAUUUUGGAUGGUAAAUCGAACUUAGCGUUUUAAUCGAACGGAGGCCGGUUAUUUGAUCAAUUAUCUCCUGUGUGAAAAGACUAUAAAGUUUUAUUUUAUUUUUUUAAAUUUUGUAUUAACAAUUCCAUUUAAUUAAGGCAAAGCCUAAUUCAAUUUCUAUAAACAUGCAAUGAAUUCAAUUAAUUAAUUAAUUACUUAAUGAAUGAGACAUACACUUUUUAGGCACGGCAAAAAAUACAAUUCGACCGCAUUCAGUCAGGCAAAAGAAAACGCUUGUGCAAUUAUAUCAAAUAUUUACGAUUUUUUAUUGUCAAUAAUAGCAUGCGCAACUGUUACUAUUCUUCCAAAGAGCUAUUAAUAUAAAAAAUGCCACACAUUUGAUUAAAUUAGCAGUGAAAAGCUGCAUAAUAGCUACACUCGCACUACUUAAUUGACGUUGAAUGAAUUAUGUUCUUACUGGAAUUGACAGGGAAAAACAAUCUAAAUAGCAAUAUGUGCACGUCGGCAUUUCGAAAGGCGCAUGCAUUGCAUAACAAAGGUGUGCAUAAUUUGUAAUCGAAACAAUUAACACGUGUGUAUGUUAACAGCUAGAAAUUUCCUCGUAACUCAGUCAGAAUACUAAUUACGUAAAAGCAGUGUAUAAAUCCAUAGCUUUGACUAAUACGUAUGUAUACAUAUGUAUGUAUAAAAAACGAUACUUCGUAGAAUGAUUGUACCGACAUUGCACUUAUUUAUCGCUUGGGUGAUACUAAAAUUUGCUGAGUGAUUUUAAUAAGAGCUCAAACAGAAGAAGAUACCCAAUUAUAACAUAAAAACAGUCAAGGACGCGACAACUUUGGUUGUGAAGCAUAAGCUUUUUCCUUAUAAGGCAUUCUCUUGAAAAAAAGUCACUUGAAAAAAAAGUUCUUCAUUUUCUUUGGCAAUGAUAUAUCUUAUAGGAUAUGUAAAACGUAAAAUAAAACAUAUGGUGUUAGGACUGUGUAACGCGGGGUUGCCAUACUGUAAGGGGCCAAAGUAUUUUGUAAAAAAAUUUUCGAACCGCCAUAAAUUUAAAACUAAUGAACAGAUUUUAAAACACCAUGUGACUUUUUUGUACAGAAUUUCUCAAACUUCAAAACUGUGUAUCGUAAAUUUUUAAAAUUAAUAUUUCAUAACAAAAUUUGAAUAAAACAUUUUUUUUUUUUUUGAAUUUGUAACCCUUUAUGCCCCCUUCGAUUUUUUUCCGAAAAUAUCUUAAAAUGUUCCUUAUUUCAUCGCCUUAUAUAUCUCAGGAACUACUCGACCGAUUUCAAUGAAACUUGGUUUGUAAUAGUUUCCUUACAUACCAAUGAUAUGUUGUGAAAAUAGGCCAAAUCGCUUCACAACCAGGCCUACUUCCUAUAUACCAGAAGACAAUUUAACAAUUUGAAGACAAUCUGAAUCGUUUACUUUACAAUAUAGAAAGUAAGUACUAGUGAAGAUAUCGGUGCAGAACUUUGCACAAAUACUACAUUUAUAGUGUGGCAUCACCCUUCUAAAAAUCGCCGAAAUCGGACCAUAGGUUUUUAAGGCCCCAUAUAUCGAACACGAGGACCUCGGUGCUUCUAACCUAAUAUUAUGGUUUCCAACUUUCAAUGGACUUUAUACAAUAUAUAUGACGAAUAGGUGGGUCAUAUUGUAUAUUAUAUAAUAUAAAUUUAAAAGUUAAAUAAAUAAAUUGCGAGAGUAUAAAAUGUUCGGUUACACCCGAACUUAGCCGUACUUGUUUUUUAAUAUUUUUUUUGUAUUUUCCAAAUUUUUAAUUUUUUUUGUUUAUUUAAAAUUAUUACGUUGAUUAGAUUCAAGUACUAUUAUUACAUACUAUUAUUACGUAUUUGAAUCUAAUAGUAAGUAAGUAAUCAAUGAUUUUUCAUCAUGUUCUGGGUUGGUUUUAUAUUUGUAGCUCAUACAAAUAGUGCUAUCCCAAAAUUCCCUUUGGGGGGUAAAAAGGUGAUGAAAUAAGGAACAUUCUAAGAUAUUUUCGAAAAAAAUCAUAAAGGGUUAAGAAUUCAAAAAAAUUUUUUUUUUAAUUUUUUGCUAUGAAAUAUUAAUUUUAAAAAUUUUUACGAUAUACAGUUUUAAAGUUUGAGAAAUUCUGUACAAAAAAGUCACAAGGUGUUUUAAAAUCUGUUCAUUAGUUUUAAAGUUAUGGCGGUUCGAAAAUUUUUUUUUCAAAAAACUUUGGCCCCUUACAGUAUGGCAACCCCGCGUUACACAGACCUAACACCAUAUGUUUUAUUUUAGGUUUUACAUAUACUAUAAGAUAUAUCAUUGCCAAAGAAAAUAAAGAAUUAUUUUUCAAGUGGCUUUUUUUUUCAGAGAAUGCCUCUUAUGGAAAAUUCUAUGACUAUUUGAUGCUACUAUCUAAUACUAGGUUUGGAGAUCAAAUUGUUUCCACCAACUAGGAUCAUAGGGAAAGUUGUUAGUUGGGUUAUUUGUGAUAUGAAAAUAAGUGAUGUUAAGUAAAACAUUAAUAUAAUCUUAAAACGGUUUUUGGAACACAAGGGGUCUCAUGAAGAAAUUGGAUUUAGCAAGCGCGAAGGUGAUUUUAUACACCCAGUACUGUUAGUAAAAAAAAUUCCUGGCUCUAAGCCUUAGUAAUCAUCAUAAUCAUUUUGUAACCAUUCCUCAGAAGAUGGGAUAAGAAGCUUAGAGAAGAAUUCAUUCGUACACAGAAAACAGCAAACUGCUUGAAAGAUAUACCUAACAAAACAAUAAUACUCUCUUUAGCAACCUUUGUUGCGAGAGUAUAAAAACCAAACCAACUUUGUAAAUUAUGUGAAUAACAUAAAUUUCACUGAUUUCAAUACAGCAAAAUUUUCAACCGAAUUUAUCCCGUAUUCAUACCAGUAUAAUUAAUUAUAUAUAUUAUAGUAUAAUUAAAAAUCACACAACUAAUAUGCAGACGGAAACAGAAUGCAGAACGAAGCCAUUAAAACAUUUACCUUUCACUGCAACUCACUGUUAAUUACAAAAACAAUUUGACAAAACAUGAAACUUCAACUUUCACGCCGUCGCUGCCACAACUACGUGGACAAACUCAUUAGUAGUAAGUAUAACGGCAGUCAAAAGCUUAAUAACUGAGCAGAGAUAAAGUUAAUGUCAGAGUAGGAAAACGGAGUCAAUAUAUCAAGCAAAAAGGCGGAAAAUGCAAAAGCAAAACUUUUAUUAAAAUUGUUCCAAUAGUGGCUGAGAGUUUAAUUAAUUUGUGGUUCCUAUAGCUACAUAACUAAUGAGCAUCGCAAGUAUUGCGCGGUGAAGUUAUUGAGGAAGCAAAUGAAAUUCAAAGGAAAUAAUAAACAUAAUUGUUAACAGCCACAGAAAAACUUUAGGUUGCUGGGUUAUUGGUAUUCUUGAAUUUCCUAAGCAAAAUGUUAUUGUUGUAUGUUUGUAUGUCUUUAUGUGUAUAUUUUUAUGUGUGUUUAUAGACGGUUAAAUGAGCUAUUAAGCAGAAACGUAAAAAAAACUUCAGCUAAUUACAUGGAAAAGAAUUUUAUGAAAUACAUAGUGCAAAAUCAAAAAAUAGAAACCAUGUCACUCAAAUCAAACAAAAAAGUGCAUCAAGUAAGUAAUCUUCACAGUUUUCUACCAAAUAGCUGACUAAAUAGCUGAAAAUAAUAAAUAAUUAUUGCGCAAUUUAUGGAAAUUUUUACUACACACUCACACGCACACUCAUGUGUACCUGUAUGUAUGUAUGUGAAAUCACAAUUUAAUAUGAGUAAAUGUACCAAUCGACUUGCUAUAAAUACAUAUACAUAUAUAUGUAGAAUAUUUGUACAAAAUUUCAAAACGAUCGAUGCAGUAGUUUGUAGCUGGAAGGCUCGCAAACCUAAGUGAGAGGUACCGUUAUUCAACCUGCUGUUUUUCUCCGAAUGACCUAACACUUUAACACAAUAUUCUUGAGAUGUUGAUGGUUCAGAAAAAAAAAUUUAAAAAAAGUUGUCAAACCUUAGCCCCCCCGUUUCACCCAGUACAGUUAGUAAAAAUCCCUGGAUCUAAACCUUAGUAAUCAUCAUAUUCAUGUUGUAAUCAUUCCUCAGAAGAUCGGAGAAGAAGCUUAGAGAAGAAUUCAUUUGUACACAGAAUAGCGGCAAAUUGCCUGGAAGAUAUGUCUAAAACCCAAACCAACUUUGUAAAUUAUGUUGAUCACAUAAAUUUCACUGAUUUCAAUACAGCAAAAUUUUCAGCCGAAUUCAUCCCGUUCUCAUACCAGUAUAAUUUAUUACUUGUUUGAUUUCACAACCGUCGCUAAUUAAAAAUCCCACAUCUAAUAUGCAGACGGAAACAUAAUGCAGGCGAAGCCAUUAACACAUUUACCUUUUACUGCAACUAACUGUUAAUUACAAAAACAACUUGACAAAAGAUGAAACUUCAACUUACACGCCGCCGCUGCCACAACUACGUGGACAAACUCAUUAGUAGUACGUAUAACGGCAGUCAAAAGGUUAAUAUCUGCGCGGAGAUAAAGUAAAUGGCAGAGUAAAAAACGGCGUCAAUAAAUCAAGCAAAAAGGUAGCAAACUCAAAAGCAAAACUUUUAGUAAAAUUGUUCGAAUAGUGGCUGAGAGUUUAAUUAAUUUGUGAGUCCUGUAGCUACAUAACUAAUGAGCAGCGGAAGAAUAGCGGAGUGAAUUUAUUGAGGAAGCCAAUGAAAUUCAAAGAAAAUAAUAAACAUAAUUGUUAUCAGCCGCAACAAAAUUUAAGGUUGCUAAGUUAUAGGAUUUUCAUGAAUUUAACUUAAACAAAAUGUUAAUUAUAUGUCUGUAUGUCUGUAUGUGUAUAUGUUUAUGUGUAUUUUUAUGCGUCUAAGUGGGCUGUUAAGGGGCUAUACCAGAGUGACAUUAAAAAAAUCCAUUUUUUUAUAUGUUGCUUAUUCGAUUGUUAAUACUUUCAACAAGUAAGGAAAGGCUAAGUUCGGGUGCAACCGAACAUUUUAUACUCUCGCAAUUUAUUGAAGAAAUUUUAUUAAGAUAACACCCAAAUUUAUAUAGUGUAUGAGGGCUGAGGAAAUUCCUGAAUCGAUUUCAUUCGUUUUCACCAGCAAGGUAUACUAUAUCCAAGACUAUACACUCACAUAAUUUCUAAGAUAUCUUACAUAUUAAUCAAUACAUAUAUGCAGAUUAAAGCCCACCGUAUUUUUGAAAAACCUAUAAUUAGGUAUAUGGGAGCUAGGAGAUGUUAUUAUCCGAUUUUAAUAAUUUUUGGAACCGAGACACACUAUUACAAUAAGCAAUUUUCUCUGAAUUACAUUAAAUUAUCAGAGAGAUUUAUCCAUAUUUUCGGUUAAAAUUUCCCCUUAGGCGCGGAGUUAUAGUCCAUUUUUGACAAUGUUUUCUCAAGUGAAGCCAGAGAUGAUAUGUACUAUUUGUGUAAAGUUUUAUUCCGCUAUCUCCAUUGGUUCCUUAUGUAUACAUUAUACAGUUAAGGAAUCAGAUGGAAUUCAAAAUUGAGUUAUAUGAGUAGUUGUCGUGGUUAUGAACCGAUUGCAUGCAUUUUUCACAUAUGUCAUCAGGGUUUCAAGAAAGUAUUAUAUACCCGAAUUUCAUUGAAAUCGGUCGAGUAGUUCCUGAGAUAUGGUUUUUGACCAUUAUGUGGGAGAUGCCACGCCCAUUUUCCAUUUUCCAUUUUGUAAAAAAAUCUGAGUGCAGCGUCCUUCUGCUAUUUCUUCUGUAAAAUUUAGUGUUUCUGACGUUUCUCGUAAGUGAGUUAACCCACUUUUAGUCAUUUUCAACCGAACCUUUGUAUGGGAGGUGGGCGUGGUUAUUAUCCAAUUUCUUUCAUUUUUGGACUGUAUAAGGAAACGGCUAAAAGAAACGAC